AUGAGCGAUUCCACCAGCAUAUGCUCGCCGUCUUCUAGCGCGAAGACUACUCCAGUACGGAUAGAUGGAGCUGGGAGUCUUGCAGCUGCUGUGCUCUCCCAGCCCCGGAGUGCUGCUGGACCGCAGGAUAUCGACAAUGCCCAUGGUGGGGGAAUUCCGUCACCGCCUUCGCACCCAUCCAGCGCAUCUCCUCCCUUGUCAACGAUAAAGGUGGAAGAUGAAAAAGCAGCAGAUCUGUCCCCGGGUUUAGGAGAGCGUGCUGCUGCUCUAACGAGUACAUCGGGGUUACGGGAAAGGCCGCGCCGGAGCGCCCGUCCCAAGCAGCUGUUGUUGGACGGUUCUGCAACUACCGUCGCUGUGGAGCCGCGCAAAAAGCGUGCUAAGCGGAAGGUGAUGGUGAAGCAGGAAUCUACGGAGGUUCCUGUGCCCCCGAUCCGCAAGCCUGCACUUGUGGACACUGCCGUGCCGUUCUGGCUCACCACCCCCAAAGACGUCAAGGACAUCGCAAAUUACGUGAAGACUAUAUGCUCUCGUAUAUCCAACAUAGAGAAAACUAUGAAGCGAUUUGAGUCGGAGCGCCAGGGAUUGCUGAACGCCCUUUAUCAGCUGAACAUGCGACAAAUACAGGAAUCAUUCCCCAGUGCAUGGAACGCUGCUGAAGGUGAUAAUUUGAAUGCAGCACGUCCCAAGGACCCUGAGCAAACAAGACCAGACGGCGUGGAGUUGGAUGUUGGUGCUACUGCAUUGGACGUUAAUGGGCCUAGAGUGAAGCGUAGCAGUUCAGUAGGGGAGGGGGCUAUACGCCCAGAUACGGAGUCUAUUUCGACCAAAGAAAACGAGUGUUCGUCUGAUUCGGUGGCUAAUGUGUGCAAAGAUGAUACUUGCCGGGGGGAUACAAAAGGCGAACCGACGGUUGCCAAGAUAGCGCCUGAGCAAACCGCUUCCCCCCAGGCUAAGCCCGGUGACAGUACAAUAUCGCAAAGUGGAGCUCAUAGGUACACUCCAGAUGUAAUAGAGAUAGUAGAUGAUGGAGACGUGGAGGACAAGACGUCCCGUGCUGAGCAAGCGGGACCACCGGGGGCACCUUGUAAAGGUUCGGUUGACGUUGAUUCCGAGUCUUCGUUCACCGACUUUUCGCAACGUAUAAUGCAACGAGUAGGUUCAUCGACUCACGCACAUGAUGAUGAGCUGGAAUUCAUCGGUGAGAGUCAGUUGGACCGCAACGUUGCGAACUACAACGCGGAUAACUUUAUGGAAUCCAACGUGCUCAGUGACUUCCGUAUGUGGACAUCUUGCUGGCUCAAGUCCAAUGAGAAGUCAGAGGCGCCGUCUCCGUCUAGAGCGGCAAUGCGUUCAGCAGGAAACCACAGAUCCAACCGAAGUGAGGGAAGUCUCUCGCCAGGGUCGGAGGGACGGGGAACACGUGUCGACCACGCUUCCGCGGAACCGCAGGGUGACCCGCUCGAUCGUUUCUGGAAUCUCGACUUUCGCGCCAUAUCUCAGCCUAACAUGCUAAAAUGGGCUCGUUUAUUCGGCAUAAAGGUAGGUGUAUGUACCGGUUGGAGUUGUGUCCACAGCGCCACGUGCCCACACGCUACUUCGCUGCGCUAA